AUGUCCAAGAAGGACCGCAGGAGUUAUAUUGAUGCCGUUUACUGUCUACAAAAGAAACCAUCAUUGAUUGACGAAAAGAUCGUUCCGGGGGCCAAGACUCUGUUUGAUACAUUUACGACCCUUCAUAUCAAUCAGACACACACCAUCCACAACAACUUUUCCUUUCUAAUGUGGCAUCGCUUCUUCACUUACGUAUACGAAAAGGUGCUCCGAGAACAGUGCGGAUUUGAAGGGACGCAUCCCUAUUGGGAAUGGGGCUAUGACGUGGACGACCCCGAAAGCUCCCCUAUUCUGGAUGGGUCGGAUUAUAGCCUCGGCAGCAACGGCGUACCCCUUAAAGACAAGAAUGAGACAUGGAUUCUCUGGCCUCCUCCUCCUUUCAAGCCGACAAAGGAUUUGAUCAGCGAAUUUCCAGCAGGAACAGGCGGAGGAUGCGUCCACACUGGCCCAUUUUCUGACAUGACGGUUAACUUUGGUCCAAUUUCGCAGGGGUCUGAGCGACACCUUGAUCGGAUGUUUCAAUACCGCCCUCACUGCUUGAAACGAGACAUAAACCCACACAUUGGGCAACAUUACCUCGCUUUCAACUGGACUAUCUGGAACAUAGUGGAGAGCACCGACAUGAUGGGAUUCCAGGCUCGGAUAACCGGUGAUAGAAGGCAAGGCCACGGCGAUUAUAAACUAAACAAGUUUGGUGCCCACGGUGCAGGCCAUUAUUUUGGUGGCGGACCAACUGGUGCUUUCUCGGAUCUAUACGCCAGCCCGCAAGACCCGUUAUUUUUCCCACACCAUGCUCAAAUUGACAGGAUGUGGGCUAUUUGGCAGUGGUUGGAUAUAGAGAACCGCAAAGAUGCGCUUUAUGGUACUCUGACUUACGAGAACCUUCCGCCAUCUCGCAAGGGAACGCUCGAUGACCUGGUUGAUUUGAGGCCCAUAAUUGACCCUGUUCGCAUCAGGGAUGUGGUAGAUGUUAUUAGUGGGCCUUUUUGCUACUUUUAUGAAUAG